CUAAAGUUUUUGUUUUGUUUACCUGUUUUUGCUUGAUAGGCAGUAGAGGGGGAAAUGGCAGGUCCUAAUCAACUCUGCAUUCGCCGCUGGACUACCAAGCAUGUAGCUGUGUGGCUGAAGGAUGAAGGCUUUUUUGAAUAUGUGGACAUUUUAUGCAAUAAGCACCGACUUGAUGGAAUCACAUUGCUAACACUAACUGAAUAUGAUCUCCGGUCUCCUCCUCUGGAAAUCAAAGUCUUAGGGGACAUUAAAAGGUUAAUGCUCUCAGUCCGAAAAUUGCAAAAAAUACAUAUUGAUGUUUUAGAAGAGAUGGGCUACAACAGUGACAGUCCCAUGGGUUCCAUGACCCCUUUCAUCAGUUCUCUUCAGAGUGCAGACUGGCUUUGUAAUGGGGAGCUUUCACAUGACUGUGACGGACCCAUCACGGACUUGAACUCCGAUCAGUACCAGUACAUGAACGGGAAAAACAAACAUUCUGUUCGAAGAUUGGACCCAGAGUACUGGAAGACCAUACUGAGUUGUAUAUAUGUCUUUAUAGUAUUUGGAUUUACAUCUUUCAUUAUGGUUAUAGUCCACGAGCGAGUGCCUGACAUGCAGACCUAUCCACCACUCCCAGAUAUAUUCUUAGACAGCGUUCCUAGAAUCCCAUGGGCCUUUGCCAUGACAGAAGUAUGUGGCAUGAUUCUUUGCUAUAUUUGGCUCCUGGUUCUUCUUCUUCACAAGCACAGGUCAAUACUCCUGCGAAGGCUCUGUAGUCUGAUGGGCACUGUAUUCUUGCUUCGCUGCUUUACCAUGUUUGUGACCUCCCUCUCCGUGCCAGGACAGCACCUGCAGUGUACUGGAAAGAUUUAUGGCAGUGUAUGGGAGAAAUUACACCGGGCCUUUGCCAUUUGGAGUGGCUUUGGUAUGACCCUGACUGGCGUUCACACUUGUGGAGAUUACAUGUUCAGUGGCCACACAGUCGUCCUAACAAUGCUGAAUUUCUUUGUCACCGAAUAUACACCAAGAAGCUGGAAUUUCUUGCACACUUUAUCCUGGGUUCUCAACCUCUUUGGAAUCUUCUUCAUCUUGGCUGCCCAUGAACAUUAUUCCAUUGAUGUGUUUAUUGCCUUUUAUAUCACAACAAGACUCUUUUUGUACUACCAUACUCUGGCCAAUACCAGAGCAUAUCAGCAGAGUAGGAGAGCAAGGAUUUGGUUUCCCAUGUUUUCUUUUUUUGAAUGCAAUGUUAAUGGCACAGUACCUAAUGAAUAUUGUUGGCCAUUUUCAAAACCAGCAAUAAUGAAAAGACUAAUUGGAUGAAGACUGUAUCUUUGUAAUGAGUUCAUGAUUAAAUAUACAGUAGUUGUUGAAAAUGAAUAACUUCACUUUUUCUCCCUAGGUUGUUCCUGGAUGCCUUGCUUUUUGGCUUAAAUGUUGACAAAGUAAAGUUUCCUGUUUGAGCAAGACUAUGAUUACAAAAAGCAAGAAAGAAUAUUCAAGAGUCCUUACAUAGCUGUUUGAACAGAAAGCUUAAGUAGAUGUUUUCUGCCCCUUUUUUUUAGGAAGACUUAAUGUUGUGAUUGAAGUCAGGCUGUUACUCUUACCUGUUAAGUAUUUGCUUAUUAAAGUUAAGCAAAUCAACUUGAGCAGUUUGCUGGUUGAGGGAUUUUUAUUGAUUUCCAGUAGGACUCUAGUCAAGAAACAUUUUUUGAAGCUUGUUAUUAUCUUCACAAGAAAAAACCCUACCAUGUGAGCAAUACUUGUUUUUUUAACUACUCUCUGUGUUAGUUUAAAAAAUGCAACUCUGGAAAGUGAUCUGUUUUAUUGACAAAUAGUUUUUGCCUUCUGAACCAUCUUUAUGAAAAGUAUACUGAGCAUACCAGGAUGCCUGGAAAAGAGAAGAAUGAAAGGGGCCAUACAUGAGGUGACAGAGUGUUGAUGAACAUGCCAUCAGCCUCCUCAUUAAUGCAAAUAUAGUGCUAGCAUCUUUCACCAAAGAUGCUAAAAAUGAUGCAGUGCCUAUUUUGUUCUGAGGGUUCAGUAUGACCAUCAGUAAGUAUUCAUGGCUGCAUCCAUAAAAAUAAAUUGGCUUAAUGUUAGUGGUAUAGGUACCUGGAACAAUUUUGUGUUAUAGAUGUUAGAUGACAGCCCAGUUUUAUGCUUUUUAAAUGAUGUUAUUUAAUGAGCCAAAUAGGAAUGUUUUACCAGAUGUUAAAGUUCUUAUGUCGUUAAGUAGGGAGGUAUGCAUGCAAAGAAUUUUUUCUCCUUCUGAAAAGAAAUUUUAUAGCAAGUUGCAAGCAUAAUGUAAAUUUUUGGUUUUUGAAAUUUCUCAUUCUUUGCCAUCUGAAGUAAACGGUUUCAGGCAUA